AUGGAUAGCACCUACGACAAACAAAUGGUUGGAAGCUUGAUAUACUUAACAGCCACUAGGCCGGAUGUCAUGUGUGCAGUAAGUCUCCUAAGCAGGUACAUGGAAUUUCCAACAAAUCUUCAUUUUCAAGCUGCAAAAAAGGUGUUUCACUAUCUACAAGGCACAAGUGAUUUUGGAGUCUUUUAUAAGAAAGGAGAAGUUUCAAGACUUAUUGGAUUCACUGAUAGUGAUUAUGCGGGUGACUUAGAUGAUAGAAGUACUUCUGGUAGUGUUUUUAUGAUGAGUUCAGGAGCUAUGUCAUGGUCAUCAAGAAAGCAGCAGCUAGUUACUCUGUCCACAACUGAAGCAGAGUUUAUAGCUGCAGCAACAUCUGCAUGUCAAGCUAUAUGGCUUAGAAGAAUUCUUGAAGAGUUACACUUUCAACAACAUGAACCUAUAGUAAUCUAUUGUGACAACAGUUCAGCAAUCAAGCUCUCUAAAAAUCCAGUUCUACAUGGAAGAAGCAAACACAUAGAUGUGAGAUACCACUUCCUUCGUGAUCUUACAAAUGAAGGGACCAUUGAUUUAGUUUAUUAUCGAAGUGAAGAUCAAGUUGCAGAUAUCAUGACCAAGCCACUCAAGUUGGAUGCAUUGAGAAGCUGCGUGGUUUACUUGGAGUGUGUUCAUUUAAACAUCUUAAGCAAGAAAGGUUGGCUGCCUUGGCAGGUUUUGUGA